AUUUACAAUGACGAAAUCUAUUGUUUGAAAGUAUGGACGUGAAGAUUUCGAUCUAAGUUAAAAGCUUUGUUCAAGCAUUGUUAAACUUUCAUUUAGAAACUUUAAAUGAAUUUUGAAACGUAAUGCAUGUGGGUCUUUGACUUUUAAUUAACUAGUUUGUCAAAGGAAUAAAAUAAAAUCAUACGUUAAUGCAUGAGAGAUAUAUUUGUUAAUGACUUACAAUAAUCAACAAAUUGGGUGGAACUUUGUGCUGGAAUUACACCAGUCCAUAAUAUAGCAUUCAGUAUAAGGCUUCGACAGAUUAAUAUAUUUUGAAAAACAUGGAAAAGGAAAAAUGAGAAAUAUUGGAAAACAUGCCAUAAUACAAAUAUAAGGGGAUUGUUUGAUCAGCACGUAUUGUUGUAGUAAUCCGAUUUAAGAUGGACAUUUAUUGACUCCGUACAAAGUAAUCAAUGACCGCCAUUGCUUCACAAAAAGCUUACCUGUAUGAAACGAGGGGCAGUGCAAAGGGAAGGCAGAGGCACAAUUUGGACUAUAAACUUGAAGGUCGUCAUGCAACGCUCGCUUGUCGGGAUUCUGCAUCGCUUAAAGGAAAAUUUUCAUUAAGUAUAGGACGCAAAGUAGAUUUGUCUAAAGAAAAGGAAGAGAAAGAAAAAAGAAAAGAUGAACGAAGCGAUGCUGAUCCUGUGAUUUUACCGAAAUGUAGAGAGGAAACGUCGACCGAUCUAAUGGAAAAGUGCGAAACAUCGGUUGAAGAAUCGGCAUAUCAACUCAUGCGUGAAAAUACAGAUGACGUACCAUUGACUGAAGAGCUUCUUAGUAAUGAUACAAAUCUUUAUCCAACUAUAUGUUCAGAAUGUGCUAAAUUAAGUCUGUAUCGAAAAAUUGGACGGUUUAAAAAUGCAAUUAUAAAUGAUGAUAAGGAACUAAAUACUUGUGUUAUUUGUGAAAAAAAGAAACUUUCAAAUAGGAAAUCUGUGAAAGAUGAAAAAACUUUACUGAUGUCAAUUAUAUAUCCACAUGAUUUUUAUGAUCGAUAUCAGAGUGUAAGACGAAAUUUCCAAACACCAUCUGAUGAUGUUGAAAGAAAACGAGAACGCAUAAGGAAAACAAUCCAUCAGAAAACUAUAGUGCCGAAACAGAGUAUAACACUUCCGGAUACCGUAAAUGAAGGAGAUAAAGUCCUCCUUAAGCCUCAUGUUGUAAGAUUCAAAGAAAAGGAGAAACAAAGGAGGGAAAGCAUUGUAAAUGUCGUAAAUCAUGAGUUCGAAAUUGACAACAGAAUUAUAUCUAGUAGCAUUAACAUUCUACCGCCAUUAAAAGUGACAACACCAAUGCCUACGAAACCUAAGCAUAUGCGAUGUAUACCUCAGACGAAGGCUUACUUUGUCGCAUCAAUGACCUCUGAGAGUGUCUCAAGAGAACAUAAGUGUUCUUGGUUUGAUCAAAAGAAAUCAUUUAGAGGCUUUAUGCUGUCAAGGAGUGAAAAAUUCGAAAGACCAAAACUAGCAGACGUGAGACACUCUUUAUUCAACGUUGGGAGCUUAGGAUUGACAAUUGGCAUUCCAGAAUACAACGACAAACUAGUAAACAGACAAACAACUACGAACAAUUUUCUCUCUCGAACAUGUACAUCCCUAACAAACCUAAAUAGACCUCAGAGUUUACACGCGCCUAUGAAGAAUAAAGUCCGGCCUCCUGGGUCAGUCGGACAUAGAAGUAUGCCAUGAGAGUUUUGUUGACUUGCCUUUUAUGAUAGAAUGACAGUUUUCGGAAAGGAUAGAAAUGAACCUUAUUUUAUUCUGUUAUUACGUAAAAAUGUUGAUCAUAUUAGACAAAGAUUAUUUUCUUGGCAAAACAAAAUGUUUGAAAAUCUAUUUGAUAUUGGUAGGACUGUUCAUGUAUUGUUUAAUAUUAAAUUUACUUGUUAUUCA